AAAACAUAUCACACCAUCUUCUGUUGGUUUCUAGUGACAACUUCAGUACUUCCCAGUACGAAUUCAUUUUAGCAAACUGCUGAACCCAGUUGUGGGGCUGAACUCUUCUUUGUUCAUGCAGAAACCAUCCUUAUUAAGACCCCAGAUAUACGCAUCCACUGUCAUUGUACUUCACCUUGUCCUAGCAGCCUGUUCUCCAGUACCCUUGGAAGUAAGUGCAAAUGCAGCUGCUCUAUUAAUAAAACUGUAGCAAACAGAGGGUGGUGAUUUAAGUUCUGUGGUUUAGGUGAGGAGGUUUAUAUUCUGUUUUCUUUGGAAAAUACCCAAAUCCCAGGAAAAGGAUUCACCCAAAGGGCGUGCUGUGUAAAUGCGUGUGGUUCAGCUUGCUGCCCUGGCUAGUGGAGAACAGUCUUUUGUAUCUCAUCAUUGUGAUGCAGCAAGGACCACAUCUGAAUGGCAUGCACAUGUCCUUCCUGCUCAAGGCCAUGUUAAAAAACGGUUUCACCGAGACACAAUAGUUUUAACAAAAUAAUCUGAUUUCCUGAAAUCUUUUCAUGAAAAACGUUUUUCUGAACUCAGAAGAUAGCAAAUUAGUUGGGCUUGCUGACUUAUCCCUUUCCUUUCAAUGUUCAAUCUUUUAUAUCUAGUUCUUGCUUCACUUCAGAGCUGGCAAUUUCCAGGCCUCCACGUGCCACUGCUGGACAAGGUUUGUGUUGAACGCUCAGGGAUCGAAGCAAAAUACAUAAUGUGAGCACAGAGUGAGGCUGUGGAUGGCUGAGAAACAUACUUUCUGCAAACCGUGGAGUACAAUGUCAUGGUCAGUAGGCUUCCUGAAGAGGAUGUCCCUCAGAAGUCUCUAACAACUGAAAUCUGGCCAUGGUGACCUCAUUUGUGCACUUUAUUUAAUGUUUUGACAUUCAGGCCCAAUUCCGUAGGGAGUUGCUUAGCACUGUCUUUUAAGUUCUUCAAGAGCUGAUCUAUCAGGUGAAGCUUUUCGUUUUAUGACUUUGGAGAUACCCAGUCAUACAGUUGGAUAUAUAAUAACUAUAUAUCCCAUGAUCACUACUGUCAUGUUCAGCCUCGACAAAGGUAAUUAUCAAAGUAAUCAAUCAAAAAAAAACCAUACAUGCAUUUCCUGCCACUCAGGUGCAGCAUUGAUAAGAACGAAUGAUGACCUUUUGCUUCUGCACAACUACUUCCGAGCCAUCUUUUCUGUGACAAGGAAUGCUAGAAAACAGCUGAUGGAAACUUUUGUCCUUCUUGGUUCUGUGUUCAAUAAAACCAACAAAAAGGCAUCAAAUUGGAUUAAUAGUGUUGGUCUAAGGGGUGAAGAGAAAAGCAUUGUUUGUAGUGGCUCUCAUUUCUUCACAUUAGCAUAGCAAAUAGGUUAAUUUGGCUGCAGAGAUGGGAUUGUUCAGUCUGGAGAAGAGGAGGCUUAGUGGACACCAUACUGCUCUCUACAACUGCCGGAAGGGAGGUUGUAGGAAGGUGGGAGUCAGCCUCUUCUCUCAUGCAAGCAGUGACAGGACUAGAAGGAAUGGCCUCAAAUUGCACCAUGGGAGAUUCAGGUUGGACAUUAGGAAAUACUACUUCUCCAGUAGAGUGGUCAGGCUGGAAUAGGCUGCCAGGGAGGUGUUAGGGGAACAUUCAGAUGUUGUGUUGAGGAACACAGUUUAGUGAGAACUAUUGGUGAUAGGUGGAUGCUUGGGCUGGACGAUCUUGUAGGACUUUUCCAACCUUGGUGAUUCAAUGAUUCUAUGAUUCAAGGAGAGCAGCUAAUUGCUGCACAGUGCCCUUUUUCUCACCAUAAAGCUUGUAAUAUUUUUUAUUACCACGGGGUGGGGGUGAAGAUCUUAGUGAAAACCAUUCACUGCUCAGCUGUGCUCUGGAUUUUUAAAAGGUUGUUCAAUGGACAGACCAGGUUCGUCAGCUGUUUGCAGUGCAGGAACCACCCCGGACACAAGGUUUUCAAUCACUUGCAGCAACCAGGGUGAACUGAGGCCACUUCUUAUAUCAUUAACUCCUUUUACUAAUGGUUUUCACUCUUCACUGUUCAUGAUCAGCAUUUGUGGAGCUGAUGAUACACUGAGUUGCUUUCCUGCUAGUCCUCAGAGAGCAGCAGUUUCAGUAAUGUCAAUAAGAUGCACUGAAGCAUCAAGUUAUGGCUUCUUCAAAUUUGGGUCAUAAACUCAGAGGUGCUGUAACUAUGACCCACCCUUCAAACAGCAAUGGAGAGCUUGCUAACUACACGUGAAAAGCUCUGCCAUCCAAUUUCUUUACUUAACUCAGCCCUGUUACUUCUUUUCCAUAAUCACCUAACAUUGGUGAUGUCACAUUCACGGUUUUAAUUUUGUUGUAAUUUCUAUAUUCUUUUUGUCCCCACUUCCAUCAUAAACUGCUAACUGACCUUUGUAAGUUUCCUUUGCUAAAAUAACGCCAUGGGACCUGUGUUCUGUCCUACAAACUUAAAUAACACAUUUGUAUAAUGGAACAGGCAUAUCAAAGCUUUAUUGAUUCAUCCUAACAAUUUUAUUUCACAUAACCGUGGCAAAAGCUGAAGUACAGAGCACUUCAGCUUACUAUUGGAAUUAACAGAGAGAUUCCAGUUUAGCUCUGUUUUAAUUAUUGAACAGCUCUCAAAAUGAAAUCACUGACCUUUGAGAAUUCAGUGACCAAACAAGUGCUUGUCCUCAAGGCACAUAUCUGGAGCCUGCAUUCCCUUACGGGAAGCUUUUAUGUAAUACUGAAAGAUGCCCAAGAACAUUGCAAGUACAAAGUGAAUGAGCCAAGAUCGUUUAACCUUUCUAAAGAAUGAAAAGCUGGAUUAUACUGCUGGCUAUCGCAGUCAGCACAGAAGAAGCACAAAAGCAGGAUAUCUGUACCCAAGCAUAUCCUGGCAUUCCGGGCAAUCCUGGGCACAAUGGCAUACCUGGUCGUGACGGACGUGAUGGCUCAAAAGGCGACAAGGGAGACACAGGGGAAGCAGGACUUCCUGGCACUCCAGGGAAAGAUGGUGCAAAUGGAGAAAAAGGACAAAAAGGAGCCAAUGGAACUGUUGAAGAGAAGGGGAACAAAGGAGAUAAAGGAGAAAGAGGACGACCUGGGAAACUAGGACCAAAAGGAAUUAUAGGGUCAGUGGGUUACAAAGGUCAGAAGGGAGAGCUGGGACUGCAAGGACAAAAGGGGUUAAAAGGAGACAUUGGGCCCAUAGGUCCAAAAGGGACAAAGGGUGAAAUUGGACAUCCUGGAAUAAUUGGUUUGCCAGGGCCAGUUGGCCCUAUUGGUAAUCCGGGUCCUAAAGGUAAUACUGGAGAUCUGGGGCCACCGGGCAGUCCAGGAAUUCAGGGGGAGAGAGGCCUGAAAGGAGACAGAGGAGACAAGGGAAACACAGGUGCCCCAGCAGUUCUGCCAAGGAGUGCUUUCAGUGUAGGCCUUACAGCUGCCACCAAGUUUCCUCCCCACAGUCACCCAAUCAAGUUCGACAAGGUGCUUUAUAAUGGCCUAAGUGACUAUAAUCCAGUUACCGGCAAAUUCACCUGCAAAUUCUCUGGUGUUUACUAUUUCACCUACCAUAUCACUGUCUACUCGAGGAAUGUCCGAGUAGCUCUAGUCAAAAACGGGAUCAAGAUGUUGCACACCAUGGAUGGAUACCAGGGUGCUGAGGACCAGGCGUCGGGAGCUGCCAUCCUUCAGCUACGGGCAGGAGAUGAGGUGUGGCUGCAGGCUCACCGAGGAGAGAGCUUCAAUGGGCUGUUUGCAGAUGCUGAUGAUGAUACCACCUUCACUGGGUUCCUCCUGUUCAGCACCUCUGAGAUGCCGGAACUCACAGCAUGAAGCCACGCUGUUAAUCUGUGACUUGAGUGAAUUGUUGUCUGAUUUCUGCUCACCCAAAUCUUACUGUUCAAAGAGGUGGAGGUUCUUUAUGAAACUCAUGGAAUCAUAGAGUGGCCUGGGUUGAAAAUGACUACAAUGAUCAUUUAUUUCCAACCCUCCUGCUAUAUUGCAGGGUUGUCAACCACCAGACCGGGCUGCCCAGAGCCACAUCCAGCCUGCAAGCAAACUCGAUGCUGGUUUACUUAGUACUUUUCCUUGCUUUUCUUUUCUUUCUUUUUUUUUUUUUUUAGAGAUUAAUCCUUAUUUUAUUUCAUGUCUCAUGUUUUGUUUGUUCCAUCCAUUAAUACCAUAUGCCUGUGUCCCUCAGUACACCCCAAUAAAGUUUCCGCUGGCCAAUUCCAUCUGAA